AUGGCACCGGGAGUAGAUUGGGGAGCAGGGUCGAUAGUCUGCUUUGGCGGGCUUCGGCGUGACUCGGAACUACUUGUCGCUAUGGUCUGCAAGGGAAUUUUCUCUAUCGAUAUCCGGGAUGCUCAGAAAGCUAGGGGCGCUCAGGGUUAUCAGUGGCCGGGUUUUCGUAGGUCUUAUGUCGAGGCUAUUGAAGCGCACGUCGUACAGCUGGAGAUCGAGCAGACGGUUUUCGCCUUUGCUGGAGCAGGUAUAAGAGGGCAAGGAACAGAGAUAGUUCCGACUGACAGAGCGAAUGAGUUGAACUUCUUCUCAGGGCGAUGGGAUGGCGCACGGAGAAGAGGAUCAAUCGACUGCACUCGCUGUCGUCUUCUGGCACACUCUUUGAAGAAAUGCAACGGUAUAAGGGGGAAAGAGUUGUGGGGAGGGGGUGGGAAAGAACCAAGGUUUGGGGAUGAGGAGAGGGAAGCUGAGGUCUAUAUACGCAUCCAGCUUCGGACUGAAAGCUAA